CAACAUGGCGGCGCAGUGCCGAGGUAGCAGCUCUGUACACCUUUACUCUGCAUGGAGUUAAUUUUUUAUGUGAUUUUUAUUUUGAAAAAAAAACUUUGAAAAAUAAAUGCGGAGCUUCGUUCAACGAUCAUGUUUUGAGACACCAAACAAUGCAAAAGCAGAGCGAGCACUGUAAAACGAAAAGCAUGUUUCUGUCCCGGGCUCUUGAGAAGAUCCUUUCCGACAAGGAGGUGAAGCGAGCCCAGCACUCCCAGCUCAGAAAAACCUGCCAGGUAGCCCUCGAUGAAAUAAAAGUCGAGUUGGAAAAACAAAAAGAUGGCUCAGUGGUUGUGCCCAAAGCCAACUUUAUUGAAGCAGAUAAGUACUUUCUCCCGUUUGAGUUGGCGUGUCAAUCCAAAUCUCCACGUAUGGUCAGCACGUCUCUGGACUGCUUGCAGAAACUGAUAGCAUAUGGUCACAUCACUGGCAAUGCACCAGACAGCGGGGCUCCAGGGAAGAGGCUGAUAGACCGGAUUCUAGAAACCAUUUGCAAUUGUUUCCAAGGAUCUCAGACAGACGAAGGGGUCCAGCUGCAGAUCAUUAAGGCACUUCUCACUGCGGUGACUUCUCCCCACAUUGAAAUCCACGAAGGAACCAUCUUGCUGACUGUCCGGACCUGUUACAACAUCUACCUGGCCAGUAGAAACCUCAUCAACCAGACCACGGCCAAAGCCACGCUCACGCAGAUGCUGAAUGUCAUCUUUGCCCGAAUGGAAAGCCAGGCGGCAUUGGAAGCAAGAGAAGUAGAAAAGCAGAGGCUGAGGCAGCAGCAGUCUCCAGUGAUGCCAUCUGUCUCGGACUCGCCCAGACUCAGUCGGGCACAGCCACCAGAGCAGCCUGGCACACCUGAUACCAGCUCGAAGCAGGAGAACGGAGAGCAGGAGAACAGAGAGCAGGAGAAGAGAGACUCGGAGCCAGAGAACGGGACAGUCCAGAUUGAGGCUAACUCGGGGCAGGAGGCCAAAUUACCAGAAAAUCCAGAAGCAUCGCAUGAAGAAAGCCAGACUGAGCAGGAUGCUCCAGUGCUAGUGGAGGAGGAUACUGGGACACUGAUGGACAAAAGUUCAGAGGAGCAGCCAGUGGAAAUAGAAAUUGAAAAGCCUGUUCCAGAAACUGAAAACAAGGACACAGCCCCCUCUGCUGGAAGAACUGAAGCUAUUCAAGCAAACGGCAUCCUUGAUGAUCGUGCCUCUGUCUUGUCGACUGAUAUACUGGACCCUGAUGCAGUCCACGGGCCAGCUGCUGCUGCCAGAUUCUCUCAUGUUUUACAAAAGGACGCCUUCCUUGUGUUCAGGUCUCUCUGUAAGCUCUCAAUGAAGCCACUCUCUGAUGGGCCUCCUGACCCAAAGUCCCAUGAACUGCGCUCAAAAGUCGUGUCCCUCCAGCUUCUCCUGUCGGUGCUGCAGAGCGCCGGGCCGGUUUUCAGAACACAUGAGAUGUUUGUGAACGCGAUCAAGCAGUAUCUGUGCGUGGCCCUGUCCAAAAAUGGGGUCUCUUCUGUGCCAGAUGUAUUCGAGCUCUCCUUAGCCAUUUUCCUAACUCUCCUUUCAAACUUCAAGAUUCAUCUAAAGAUGCAAAUAGAGGUCUUCUUCAGAGAGAUCUUCCUAACCAUACUGGAGACGACUUCAAGUUCAUUUGAACACAAGUGGAUGGUAAUUCAGACCCUAACUAGGAUCUGUGCAGAUGCCCAGUGUGUUGUUGAUAUUUAUGUAAACUAUGAUUGUGAUUUAAAUGCUGCUAACAUCUUUGAACGACUUGUGAAUGAUCUGUCAAAAAUUGCUCAGGGCAGAAGUGGACAUGAGCUUGGAAUGACUCCUCUUCAGGAAUUAAGCUUACGGAAGAAAGGUCUUGAGUGCUUAGUUUCUAUACUGAAGUGUAUGGUGGAGUGGAGUAAAGACGUCUAUGUAAACCCCAAUCUUCAGGCCAAUCUUGGCCAGGAGAAGCCCCCCGAGCAGGAGAGCACAGAGACUAAAAUCCUGGAAGUGCUGGUCAGGAGGGGCAGUGCCAGCUCCCAGGACUCCACGGUGUCCUCAGGCAUCGGCAGCACCAGCACACAGGCCUCCCUGGCAGACGAUCCAGAGCAGUACGAGGUCAUCAAGCAGCAGAAGGAGAUCAUAGAGCAUGGCAUUGAACUGUUUAAUAAGAAACCAAAGAGAGGUGUACAGUAUCUGCAGGAGCAAGGCAUGCUGGGAGUCACGCCAGAAGACAUUGCUCAGUUCCUUCACCAGGAAGAACGACUAGACACAACCCAGGUGGGAGAAUUCCUCGGAGAGAAUAUCAAGUUCAACAAGGAGGUCAUGUACUCCUAUGUGGACCAGCUCGAUUUCUGUGGCAAGGAUUUUGUCUCAGCUCUGCGGAUGUUCCUUGAGGGUUUUCGUCUCCCAGGAGAAGCUCAGAAAAUAGACAGACUGAUGGAGAAAUUUGCUGCGAGAUAUCUAGAGUGCAAUCAGGGGCAGACCCUGUUUGCGAGUGCAGAUACUGCUUACGUGCUGGCGUAUUCCAUCAUCAUGCUGACCACCGACCUACACAGUCCCCAGGUGAAAAAUAAAAUGACCAAAGAGCAGUACAUCAAAAUGAACAGAGGAAUUAAUGACAGCAAAGACCUCCCUGAGGAGAACCUGUCUGCCAUCUAUGAUGAAAUAGCGGGCAAGAAAAUAGCACUGAAGGAUUCCAAAGAGCAUUCCAUCACACCGAAGAACAGCAAGCAGAAUGUUCCAACUGAGAAACAGAGGAGGCUGCUGUACAACCUGGAGAUGGAACAAAUGGCCAAAACAGCCAAAGCUCUGAUGGAAGCAGUAAGCCAUGCACAGGCUCCGUUCACCAGCGCUACUCACCUGGAGCACGUCCGGCCCAUGUUUAAGCUGGCCUGGACCCCACUGCUGGCUGCCUUCAGCGUGGGGCUGCAGGACUGCGAUGAUCAGGAGGUCGCGUCGCUGUGUCUGGAAGGGAUUCGGUGCGCUAUUCGGAUAGCUUGUAUAUUCAGCAUGCAGCUUGAGAGAGAUGCCUAUGUACAGGCUCUGGCUCGCUUCACGCUGCUCACAGCCAGUUCCAGCAUCACAGAGAUGAAGCAGAAGAACAUAGACACCAUUAAAACACUGAUCACUGUGGCCCACACUGAUGGAAACUACCUGGGAAACUCCUGGCAUGAGAUUCUCAAGUGCAUCAGCCAGCUUGAAUUGGCUCAGCUAAUAGGAACUGGAGUGAAGACGCGCUAUAUCUCUGGUGUCACGAGGGAAAGACAGGGCAGCAUCAGGGGCUUCCCCUCUGGAAGUGAGGAGUUCAUGCCGCUAGGGUUAGGCACUUUAGUUGGAGGUGGACCUGACAAAAAGCAGAUGGCCAGUAUCCAGGAAUCUGUUGGGGAAACAAGCUCCCAGAGUGUGGUGGUUGCAGUGGACAGGAUAUUUACUGGAUCAACAAGACUUGAUGGAAACGCAAUUGUUGAUUUUGUGCGCUGGCUAUGUGCUGUCUCUAUGGAUGAGUUGGCGUCUCCUCACCAUCCUCGCAUGUUCAGCUUGCAGAAGAUUGUCGAGAUCUCCUAUUACAACAUGAACAGAAUCAGGCUGCAGUGGUCCAGAAUCUGGCAAGUGAUCGGAGAUCAUUUCAAUAAGGUUGGAUGUAACCCUAACGAAGAUGUUGCAGUCUUUGCCGUGGACUCAUUGAGGCAGCUGUCAAUGAAAUUCUUGGAAAAAGGAGAGCUGGCAAACUUUCGGUUCCAAAAGGAUUUCAUGAGGCCCUUUGAACACAUCAUGAAGAAAAAUAAAUCUCCAACGAUCCGCGACAUGGUGAUUCGCUGCAUUGCUCAAAUGGUAAACUCUCAGGCUGUGAACAUCCGUUCAGGCUGGAAGAAUAUCUUCUCAGUGUUUCACCAGGCAGCAUCGGACCACGACGAGACCAUCGUGGAACUGGCGUUCCAGACCACCGGCCACAUCGUCGUGAGCACCUUCCAGAAUCAUUUUGCAGCUGCAAUAGAUUCGUUUCAGGAUGCAGUGAAAUGCCUGUCUGAGUUUGUCUGCAAUGCUGCAUUCCCUGACACCAGCAUGGAGGCAAUCCGACUGAUCCUACACUGUGCUAAAUACGUGUCCGAUAGGCCGCAGGCACUGAGAGAAUACACCAGUGAUGAUAUGAAUGUGGCACCAGGAGACCGAGUCUGGGUGCGAGGAUGGUUUCCAGUCCUCUUUGAACUCUCCUGUAUUAUAAACCGCUGCAAGCUGGAUAUACGGACAAGGGGCCUUACUGUAAUGUUUGAGAUUAUGAAAAGCUACGGACACACUUUUGAGAAACACUGGUGGGAAGAUCUCUUCCGGAUUGUGUUCAGGAUCUUUGACAAUAUGAAGCUUCCUGAGCAGCAAACCGAGAAGACAGAAUGGAUGACAACAACCUGUAACCACGCACUUUAUGCUAUCUGUGAUGUUUUUACUCAUUUCUAUGAGCCGUUAUGCAAUAUCCUCCUUGCUGAUGUAUUUGCACAAUUGCAGUGGUGUGUAAAACAAGACAAUGAACAGCUUGCCCGAUCAGGUACCAAUUGUUUAGAAAACCUGGUGAUUCUAAAUGGAGAGAAAUUCAGCCCAAUGGUGUGGGGUCAGACCUGCACUUGCAUGCUUGAAAUCUUCAAGACCACCAUCCCGCAUACCCUGUUAACCUGGAGACCUGCAGGACAAGAGGAGGAGCCAGUGGAUAGACACACUGACGUGGAAAUGGACCGUCAGUCUCUGUGCAGUCUCGACAGAAAUCCUUCAGAAAGAGGUCAGAGUCAGGUCUCGAAUGCCAGUGAUGAAACCUGGAAAGGAAAAUCAUAUGCAAAAAUCGCAGAUAACAAGCUGUUUUCUGGCCUCCUCAUCAAAUGCGUUGUGCAGCUGGAGCUGAUACAGACCAUUGACAACAUUGUUUUCUACCCGGCAACCAGCAAGAAGGAGGAUGCAGAACACAUGGCAGCUGCUCAGAGGGAUGCUCUUGAUGCAGACGUUUGCAUCGACUCGCAGGAUCAAGGCAUGUACAGGUACAUGUCCUCCCCACACCUCUUCAAACUGCUGGACUGCCUCUUGGAGUCUCACACCUUUGCAAAGGCAUUCAACUCCAAUAACGAGCAGAGGACUGCGCUUUGGCGAGCAGGUUUCAAGGGGAAAUCCAAGCCCAAUCUGUUGAAACAGGAGACUACUAGCCUGGCUUGCUGUUUGCGUAUUCUGUUCCGAAUGUACAUGGAUGAAAAUCUCAAGGAUUCUUGGAAGGACAUACAAACUCGACUCCUUAGUGUGUGCAGUGAAGCUCUGUCGUACUUCAUCACCCUGACCUCUGAAAGCCACAGGGAGGCCUGGACCAACCUCCUGCUGCUGCUUCUCACCAAAACUCUAAAGAUGAGCGAUGAAAAGUUCAAAGAGCACGCCUCCUGCUACUACCCCUACCUGUGUGAAGUCAUGCAGUUUGACCUGACCCCUGAGUUACGAACAGUCCUCCGGAGGUUCUUCCUGCGUAUUGGGCUGGUGUUUAAGAUCUCGUCCGUAGACGGGCAGCACAGGGUAGCUGGGACUUAGCAAAGCACAGAAGCGGUUUGCCUGUAUGGGGGAGCAUCAGACCUGAAUUCACUUGUGGAUUCACAUUCAAGAGAGAAAUUCGCUACGCUCUAGACUCUGAAUUUGAAACUCUCCAGACCCUGAGUUGUCUUGAGAGAUCCAGCUAACAAGCCUUGGUUUCCCCACUCCCCUUACCAAAUACUUUUAAAAAUCUAUAAAAGCAGACUGCUUAUUACGCUGGCUUUAAGUUGUUGAAACUGUAAUUUAUUUAUUAUUAUAACCAUUUCACAGCUUUGAAAAUUGAUAUAAUCAAAUACAGGAGGAUACCAAAUUAGAGAAAAUAAACCUCAUCCCAGUGUUUUGCAGUCUAUAACACAACAGUGAAAGCCUGAGAGUAAUAUUGACCACAGGUUACAUAGAGAAGGAAUGCAGAACAGUAGAAAAACCCAAUGCCUAUGCAUAAUACACAUAAUAAUGCAUUUCUUUGACAUUUUGUCCUCAGGGGCUCUUUAAACACAUAUUUUGAUCAAUUUCUAAAGGUUUGAGGUUUUGUUUGCUUCAAAAAAGAAGACCCUUGUAAUCCUGUAGUUGUAAUUAUAAUAAUAAUUUAAAAAAUGAAUGUACUGUAUAUUGGAUUUAUCAUGGAUUCCAAAAAUAAAAUAAAAUAUAUCUCCAUCUGUUGAAAUGGGUUGUAAUAACCAUUCUGUGGGUUAUUGCUAAACUAGAAAUAACACAUUGGUGAACAUCCACCUUUUUCAAAAGACUUGCUUUUCCUACCCUGUGACAUCUUUUUGGAAGAACAAUGUCAGAGUUGCACAGAAUGCAUCAGAGCAUAUGCAUCAAAGAUUUUGCAGCUUGCAUUUUAAAGAAAGCACUGAGCUGGUUGCAUGGAUUGGAAGUGCUUUGCAAAAAACUGUUGUUCCUGUUUUUGAAGAUUCACACUCAUUAAAUCAUUUCACACAGCUCGGCUUUGGAUACAUGUAAAGAACUGGAGUUUGUAUGUAAGAAAAAAAAACAAACUAAACAAGCGUUGUUCAGUAAACUUGUGCUGUCUUAGUCUAUAGUUCAGUACAUAUUGAGGAUUAUAUUGUAUGUGACUUUGAUUUCUUUUUUUUCUUUUUAUUUAAAUCUAUGCGGAAACAAACGUAAACAGAGAACACGAGAAGGUGGUUAGUUAUUUGUUACAGGAGGUGAAACUGCAUGUUGUUUGUGCUCCCAUUCCAUGUUCCGUGUGUUCUGUUGAAUAGACAUGCCACUUGCUUUCAUAAAGAACGAUCUAUUUUACAUUUUUAGUGAACCUAAUCUUACCUAAAGUGUCUUCCAAAACACAGAAGCUGAUAGCUGAUUUUUUCUAUACCCUCUAGUUUCCCCAAAGUUAUGCUACUAUAAAAUACCUGAUGAAAAUGACCUAUGGGUAUGCAUUCUUUGUAUGCAACUGUCCUGGUUUCUGUACCUUGAGUAUUAAGCUGUGUUGGUUUUUCCCAUAGCUCCUCCUGCAAGCCAACAUGCUGUCCAAUGCAAAGGUGUUGAUUUGGUUCAUCUAUACUGUGCCAGGAUAAGUCCAAGCUGGAUUUUUUUAGAUCGUUUUGUUGCAAUGAUUUUUAGGGGGUAAUCCUAGGAUAACCUAGGUAAAGAAUUAUCAAAGCAAUCUCCGAAGUUCUCAAGCAUUGUCUUUUGAUUUCCUUUUCCCAGAAAUUCCAUACAAUUGUACACAUCGCUCACAGCUUCCCCAUGCAACUACUGGAGCAACUGAAUUCAGAAUAAUUGCAAUCGUAAAACAAUGGCAGGAAAUAGUAAAAAAAAAAAAAAAAACUAUAUUGAAGUGGCUUUUCAUGACAUGUUCUCGUGAAUAGCAGGAACGUCACUGCGGGUCCUUUAGUCGAUAUGAAAAGUGAUUUUAGCACAUUUAAUGUACAGAUUAUGUUUUCAGUGUCACUUUUGUUCCAUAAAGUGCCUUGGAAAUGUGGGUUCUGUCAUGUUUUGGUAAUCUGGUGUGUGAGUGUGUGUGUGCUUUAUUAAAGAAACCUUCACCUUUUAUAUUUAUUUUAGAUUUUAAGUCUGAAACAGAUGAGUGAAAUCAAAACGGUUUUUAUUAUUGAUUGCAUUACUUUGAUCCAGCGUAAAUAAACGCACUUUUCUGCAAUUUGUCACAAUGAUAAAGGCAAGUCGCUGUUAUGUUUUUGCACUUUACUUAGUUUCAGUUUGUUGUAUUGUGAUUUUAGGGUUAGUGUUUGGAUUAGAUUUCAUCCCCCAGAUUAAGUAGUAUAAAUCACUUGAAGUACUGUAUAUUUUGCUAUGUAUAUUUUCAGAGCGGUGCAGUGAAGUAAGUAUUUAGUUAGGUACUGCAGAAAACCAACUUUAUUACAGACAGUUCCAACACCCUGCCUUGUUAAAAUUGCUUUGGUGAGAAGUAGCAUUAUUUCCACAUGAAGGUCAUUUUUAAGACAUGAGGCAUGGAUUGUACCUUUUUCUCUGAUUUUGUUUUUGCUGUUCGUUCACCUUCACUUUUCCUUAUUUGUUGCUGUUAUUUAGGUUUUAAUGUCUAGCCUACAAUACGGUGACAUUGUGUAAAUAGCUUCAAAUGUUAUUUUUAACGUUCUGAUGUUUGUAAGAUUUUUACACUGAAGAGAAGGUGGGGCCAGCAAAAUAUCUCUUUCACAAAGGAAGGAUUUCAUCAGAGCCGGGACAGUUCGCAGCCAGCGAAUUUUCCUUAUGGAGAAAAUGAUUACACCUCAAUACUGAACUGCAAAAGAAAUUGAUUAAAGUAGAUUUUGAAGCUAUUUGUUCUUUAAGUUUAGAAGUCUGUGGUUAUAAUGGGUAUUUUACACCUGCAUGGUGAUGUAGCCUGCAGUCUUCAAUCUGGCACGAGAUGCUGUGGUGAGAUUCAGAGCUCAGACCAUUGGCUGAAUGCAAUGCGUUGGAUUUGAAACUUCUAUAGAACAACUAUUGGCUGAUGACAAAGAUCCCAUUACUUUGCACUGUUGAAUCCUCCUAAGAAUAAAAUGGUUUGGAGGAGUGUUAAAUCCAUUUACAGAACCAGCCUGGAGAACUUGCCACAACCUUGCUGCUAAACGCUUUGAGAAGGAGACACUGCAUAUAUGCUUGGAAUACUUUACGCAAGAUAUAUCUAUCUUGUUUUGCAUAUCAUUAUGUAGGCUUUAGUAACGAAUAAGUACUUUUUGUAAACUCUAUCUCUAUUACAAUGAAGUGCUUUUAAAUGUUCAUUUUGAGAAGCAUUCCUUGCAACUGGAUGUAUACAUUUUUGGAAAUAUAUAUGGAAAAAACUGUAAAGUUUAAUGUAAACUAAUUAUUCUAUAUAUAAAAUACUGUUGUAAUCUUUCAUGCUUCAAU